AUGACCGAGAAGAGACGACGUUACCCUCUCAGCUCCGUAAAUGAAACCGGAAAAGAACUAUUCUUAGGAACAUGCGACAGUAGAGGUGUUGGUGGAGUUGGUAUCCUCGUCACCCCGAGUAUGGCAAAGAACAUCGACUCUUUCGAACAACUUACGACCCGAAUCGGACGUCUGCGGAUGAGAAGAUGUGGUCCAACACCAGCUUUGACUAUCUUCGUCGCUUACGCUCCAACAUCAAGCUACGAAAAUGAAGGAAUCAAAGCUUUCUAUAUGGAUCUGGAGAAGCUCUACCGAGAUCAUGCCUUCUACAAGGCCAUAAUUGGCGAUUUCAACGCCAAGAUUGGCCCAAGAAGAAAGCCGGAGGAACUUCACAUCGGGACCCAUGGCCUACAAUGGAACGACCAGGGGGAGAGGCUCUCCGAGUUCAUCAUGACGACUAAGACCAUCCAUGGGAACUCGCAAUUCCAGAAGCCACCCGGUGGAGGAUACCGUAAUGAACACCUUCACGACUCCGCGAAGAAGGCUGAGAGUUUUAAAACCACAAACAGACGCCUGUCUCUUGAAACUCUUGAGCUGAUACGCCAGCGUGGGGCAGCACGAGCCGCAGGGAACCAAGAACUCCGAGCUCGCAAGGCCUUGCACAGAGGCGAUAAAGGAAGACCUUAA